GUUCGACACAAGCUGUAGAAAAACGAAACAACUUUGAAUCGUCGACGCUCACUUUUUUUUUCGUGUUUCCUGAUUUCAAGCGGACGACCUUCCCCGGCAGCUGGGCUACUGUGCAUCGCCACGAAGCCUCAACACCCAACAACACCUCAGCUGUACAUUUAAUCCACCUUUGCAACUCGCCCUACUCGAGCAUCUCAAAAGUCAUUGUACCGACCGAAUACACAUCCAGCUUCACGACACAGCUCAACGCAACUCUACAUCGUCCUUUGCUUUACACAGCCUCGGUUCCUAAUUAGCGACAAAAGCAACGACCUCCUCCUUCCGCGCUUCACUUCCGGGGACGAAACCACCACCAGUUCUCUGCACAACAAAAUGUCUCUGGUCCACCUCGCCAACACGUGCUCACACCUCCAAAACGCCUCUCGGGCCCGGUUGGGGUUGACGUCGAUCCCCGACACCAAGUUCCACCUGGGUCUCAUGCUCGCCCUCCAGAACGGCGGCUUCAUCUCGACCGUCGUCCGCGGCGGGCCCGAACCCCCUCCGCCUCACAAACUCCUGUCGCAUCCGAGCUCGUCGGACCCGAGCCACCCGAUCGAGCCGGUCACGCGUCACAACAUCUCGAGCCGACGGUUGUGGCUGGGCCUGAAGUACUGGGAGAGCGAGCCGGUCCUGUCCAGGAUGAGCCUGGUGAGCAAACCGACGCGGCGGAUAUGGAUGGACGUGUCGGGCCUGCAAAAGGUCGUCCUCGGCAAGACCAGCGGCUACGUCAAGGGCCUGACGAGGACCGGGGAGUGCAUGUACGUCAGCACGGAUCGGGGCAUCAUGGAGGCCAGGGAGUGCGUCGAGAGGAAAUUGGGGGGCAUGUUGAUCUGUAGGGUACGAUGAUGGCCGGCAGAGGAUCAAAGAAAUUUUUUUUUUUGAUCAGGAGUAUUGCGGCCCGCGUCGAGACGAUGGAUCGCGGUGGUGACGAGGAUGUUUCUGGAGUCCCGGCUGGUCUCCUCAGGGGUGCCUCUUGCUCGAAAUUUGACGCAUUCAAGUCCAGAGGAUCCAGGGGAAAAUUGAGAAUGGGCCAACGAGUCCGAACACCGAGGGAUUUCCUUCGAGGGAGUUCAAAAACGACAAGUCCAUCAUCACCUUGGACGUCGAUGGGUGAUUCUGGAUGUAGAUUGAGGCCUUUGGACACGACAACCACCCUGCAAUGAGAGUCCUUCAAAUUGAGCAGGUGGAGUAUUUUUUUUUGGCCUGUCUCACAAUUUCGGAUUCUGUGUUCACUCGACAACUCGGGACGAGAAGAUGAGACUACAAUUGUAUCUUUAAAAGAAGAUGGGGCCAAAGAAGUACAGGGAAGUCAGAUGAACGAAGAAAGACGAGAGAGUAAGAAGAAGGAAUCAUCGGACGACAAAAAAACACAACACAGGACACACGACGCUUUCUACAACCUUUUGGAGCUCAUGAGCACCACCCAUCACCACUCUCACACUCACCUUUUGCUUUUUCUUCUUCUCUUCCUUUUUUUUCAAAACAAGAGAGGCUCGAGGGAACCACUGUCGGAUUGUUGACUUCCGGCCAGAUUGACUUGACGGUUUUCAAUCUCGUUUCUCGUCUUCCUGGUCGCGGUCUGUCUGUCUCUCUCUCUCUUUGUGUUUGUGUAUGUGUAUGUAUGUAUGUGUAGGUACAAGGGUAUAUAAAUUUACGUGUAUGUGUACAAUAAUACUCCCAGACACUUCAUUGAUCUACCUGGACGGGUCUGUCGAGAAAGACCUGACGUGUGGAGGCGUCUCGACGGUCAAAGUUACACACUACUCAUCCUCUUGGGCACGCCAACAAUGUAUAGCCUGUGCUCUCUUCUUUC